UUUAUUUACUCGUUUAUGAACUAACUCUAGUACCACGACAAUCAGAUGCGAGGCCACAUCCUUCGACAUGAAUAUUUCUAAUUUCAAGAACACAGCCCUGCAAAAAACAAGUACACAACACAAUGGAUGCAUAUAUGUUAGCUUACAGCUUAGAAACCACCUAAGGUUUAAUGUGAUAGUUGUUACGGAUGCAACUUUGCACCCCAUUUGGAAAUCGUCUUUGUGUUUAAUAAAUAGUCCACAUCUAGGCGGGUUUUAGUCUAUGGUCAUGGUUGGUUUCCAAAUAGUUGUAUCUGUAUUUACCUGCUUUAGAAUAUAUGAAGAAUUUAUAUUAAUUUGUACGAUAUCCAAUGACAUGCAGAUUUAAAAUGAUAUAACUCUUAUUGGAUGAUAGGAGCUGUUUAAUAUGAACCUCUCUAGGUUUUUAUUUAACCUUAUGUAGUUGGACUAUGAUCUUUUGGCCCUGUCCACUGGUGCACCAGCAAUUGAAUCAAAACAAUAGAACAAUGAUGACAAUAACACGAAGCUACUAUGUACUUUAUAAAUCCCUGAUGGGAAAUGUGGGUGUCGCAGCAGAAGAACAAUAAUAGGUUUUAAUUCAGUAAUAAGAAUGUAAGCGAUAAGUAUUAAAGUAAUAACGCCUACUCCCACACUACCGUGAUAGCCUGACCAGGUAGUGGAGUAUUGUGUUAAGAUCAGUUUGGGUGGUGUACUUUGUUGUCUCCUGACUGUUGUUUUAACCCUUUAUGCUCACUAAUGCCCUCCAACUCCAUGCUGACGGUAAACGCAAAGCUCUGAAGCUGAACUUUGCCAACCCUCCGAUCAAAUCCACGUCACGGUUCACGCUGCACACCGCCGGGGCAGCCUUCCAGAACCCGCACAUAGAGCGUUUGAGGACCCACAGUCUAGAGUCGUCAGGGAAGCUGAAGAUCUCCGCGGAGCAGCACUGUGACUUCACGGCCGAGGACCUCAAGGACCUGGGGGAGAUCGGCCGGGGGGCGUACGGCUCGGUCAACAAGAUGGUCCACAAGCCCAGCAACCAGAUCAUGGCUGUCAAGAGGAUCCGGUCUACGGUGGAUGAGAAGGAGCAGAAGCAGCUGCUGAUGGACUUGGACGUGGUGAUGAGGAGCAGUGACUGUCCCUACAUCGUCCAGUUCUACGGAGCACUCUUCAGAGAGGGUGAUUGCUGGAUAUGCAUGGAGCUCAUGGCCAUCUCUUUCGACAAGUUCUACAAGUUUGUCUAUGGCAAUCAGGAUGACGUGAUCCCCGAGGAAAUCUUAGGAAAAAUAACAUUGGCUACUGUGAACGCGCUUAACCACUUAAAAGAAAACUUGAAGAUUAUACACCGAGACAUCAAGCCCUCCAACAUCCUCCUGGACAGGAACGGUAACAUCAAGCUGUGCGACUUUGGGAUCAGUGGGCAGCUUGUCGACUCCAUCGCCAAGACCAGAGACGCCGGCUGUAGGCCCUACAUGGCUCCGGAGAGGAUAGACCCCAGCGCGUCCAGACAAGGAUACGACGUGAGAUCUGAUGUGUGGAGCCUGGGGAUCACACUGUAUGAGCUGGCCACGGGUCGCUUCCCCUACCCCAAGUGGAACAGUGUGUUCGACCAGCUGACCCAGGUGGUGAAGGGGGACCCCCCCCAGCUCAGCAACUCGGACGAGAGACGCUUCUCCCCCAAGUUCAUCGCCUUCGUCAACCUGUGCCUUACAAAGGAUGAGUCCAAAAGGCCAAAGUACAAAGAACUUCUGAAAGACCCCUUCAUCCAGAUGUACGAGGAGCGCCAUGUGGACGUGGCCACCUACGUGUGCCGGCUCCUGGACCAGAUGCCCGCCUCCCCCAGCUCCCCCAUGUACGUGGACUAACCCGGGCGCCCUCCCUCUCCGGCCUCCACCCCGAGACUGCUGCGCGGCAACCUUUUCCUCGUCUUCGGUCGUCAUGACAACCUGAUGUCCUCGCCCCCUGGUCCUCGUCUCCCGGUGACAUGGCAACCCGGGCAACCCCGGGUCCCCCGGUGUCGUGGCAACCCCGGGUCCCCCGGUGUCGUGGCAACCCCGGGUCCCCCGGUGUCGUGGCAACGUGAUGCCAUGGCAACAUGGGUGUCCUGGUGUCCUGGUGUCACGGAAACGUGGACCCCCCCCCUGGGGUCGGGUCAACGUGGUCCCCUGGUGUCAUGGCAACCUGGUGUCAUGGCAACGUUGAUGGACAUUCCUCCGCCCCCUCCGUUGUCGUUUGUUUCGGUCAUGUGACUCAAUCUGUAGUUUUUAGGCUUUUAAUGUGAAACCACAACUGUUACCAUGGGAACGUCAGAGAAGGCGGUCACGUCAUCUGUUGGUAGUCACAUGACCCAAACAACAACAAGAUGGUUGUCCCACGCAUUAGUCCCGGACUGUAGGUACAAAACAUGUAUAGAACAAAACAAAAAAAGAUGUCAGAAAUGUAUAAAUUACAAAAAUGUAAUUUAAAACUAAAUGUAAAUGUGCUUCUUUCACCGCAGUGUUAAGAAAAUACUUGUUGAAGCUAAACGCGGCGGUGGUGGCGCUGUCUGUGUAAUAUAUGGACCUUCACUCUCAUCCUCUCCUCGUCCACAGCGGAUAAACACGCUUGUUUACGUAUGAUAGUAACUGAAUAUAUAACACGGAGAAGCUCGGCACCAAAACCUGGAAACUAUACCCACAAGAGGAGCAUUUCAUCUUCAAGACUAUUACUGGAAUCACCGUCUGUAUGAGCAACCCAUCUCCUCCCUAUGUAUGUAAAUAAAAGCUUUGUGUUGCAAUUUAACGGUCGCUUCUUAGGGUAUUCAGCGGCUAACGCUUUGAUGAAUACAAUCACGUGAUACCUGCUGACUCUGUGCUGAUAUAUAAAUAAAUAAAGAGAAUGGAAAUAA